AUGGCUAAUGAGGAACUGCCCAAGGGUUGGGAGAAACGGCUCAGCAGGUCCACAGGGCAACACUAUUGUUUGAAUAUUUAUACCAAGGAGAGUCAGUGGGACGUACCCAGCAAGCCAGCACAGCCGUGCGACAAUGGUGAUGGGCCUGAGGAGGUUCAGUGUUCUCAUAUUCUAGUUAAACAUGCUGGAUCGAGACGUCCCUCCCCCUGGAGGGAACCGAACAUCACGAGAUCGAAGGAAGAGGCCCUUGAUCUUACAAAAUGCGAGUUGGAGGUCGUUUAUUCAAAGGUCUUGUGGGGUCAAAGGAUCACUCAGUUGUCAACGCGAGAUAUUCCUCCAGAAUGA